AUGCAUCGUUUGGAACUGGUCGGGGAGUCUCGGGAGCACUCGGGUUGCAUAAACGCUAUUGAGUUUGAUUCUACUGGGAUAUACUGCCUCACUGCCGGCAACGACCGCAGCGUGCGUCUUUGGAAUCCCGCCCGGCAGCUUCACAUUAAACGCUUUUUCGGACCGCACAACUAUCACGUUAAUGAUGUCUGCCUGAGCAGCGACAGUGCCCAUUUCGUCUCUGCAGGAGCGGAACAUUUGGCCUUCUACUGGGACACUGCGGAAGGGAAGGUCAUUAGGAAAUUCAACCAUGGGGGUAGCGUUACAUGCUGCAACUACGUGGCUGACGGAAGCCUGAUCUGCACUGGCAGCGAAGAUAGGAGCGUCCGCUUUUGGGACCACCGUAGCCGCGGUGCAGUGUCAGUUUUCAAAGAUGCCAAGGACGGCAUUUCGAGCGUCUGCGAGCGGGAGUGCGUCGUAGUUGCCUCUUCAGUCGACGGGGCAGUGAGAUUGUACGAUUUGCGAAAAGGCUUGUUGAAGACCGAUUACUUCGAAAAGCCCGUAGUGAACGUUUGCGUCUCUACUGCCGUAGAAGACUGUUAUAUCGCAUCGGUGCUGGACGACACGGUGGCACUUGUCGAGCACGGGGAUGUGCUCACACGCUACCGAGGGCACACAUGCGAGAAUUAUCGCAUUCACUGCACAUUUGACCCCUGUGAGGAGUUCGUGUUGUGCGGCAGCAGCUCUGGCACCAUAUACUGCUGGUCCCUCUCCAACAACCGUUCCUCGUCAACGGUGCCCGGCGCCCACAGCGGCCCCUUGACAGCACUCGCUUUUUCUAACCCAUCACUGCUGAAGGAUGGGCGUCUGGUGCGUGACCUGGAGAAGAACGUGAUCGACUCGCUGCGCGAGAAGGGCAGCCUGUUGGUGACCGGCGGAAAGGACGGUUACAUGCGCGUGUGGCGCUUCUACGGCGCGUAG